AUGGAGAAAGAAGAAACUCCGCUCUUUGAGUACAGUGAGUUCGACGUAGCCGCUCUAUGUCACCUCGCGAGUAAGAUACGACGGGAAAUCGCGUGCACAUGCGACUUGAAUCAACGUCCGCGACGAGGCGGCUUCAACUGGGCUGUUUUCGUUUUGUUUGAAGAUGGCGUCGAAUGGGUUCUUCGCUCGCCGGUGCAGAAUCACCCCGAGUUGUCUCACGCGAGUGCCGCCAAACUUCUUUCUAGCGAAGCUGCUACGCUCAAAUAUCUCAAAAUAUACACAGAUAUCCCUGUUCCUGAUGUUUACUCCUAUUGUGCCUAUCCAGACAACCCUCUCCGGAUCCCAUACAUUCUGAUGAGCAAGGCGGAGGGCAAGACGUUGGAAACAAUGUGGGGAGGAAAUGAUCUUCAUAAUCGUCUGGAUUCAAUCGAAAUUAACAAAGUGAUGUCUCAAUUGGGUCACAUUACAUGGAAACUUGCUCAAGUCCGGUUUCCCCAAAUUGGCUCUCUAUUUGAAGAAAAUGGAUCUUUUGUUAUUGGACAAUGCCUUUCAAGAGGCCAUAUACAGCACAAGAGACAUUCCUUGCGAGGAAUUCCUCGUGGACCGUUUACCAAAGAGAAUGAGUUCUACCUCAGCCUCAUAGCGGCUUUGAUAAAACACGCUGCAAAGCUGCCGUUAGUUCACCAUUGCUUUGCUGCACCGAUACCCUCUCGGAAUGACUACCCCAACACGGAUCUGUGGCAUGCUGCCUGGGACCUCUGGAGCCAAUUCGUCACUAUUGGACACAAAAUCGAAGGUGCCGCAAAUCGAGUUGACUAUACUAUUGCUGCUGAUGCGCUCACACAUUUGAUCUCUCAAUAUAAGGGCAACUGGCACGGAGUCACGUUUCCGAGCACCUUUGCACUCUGCCACCCAGAUCUCUCUACGAGCAACAUAUUCGUCGACGAUCAAUACAAUAUUACGUGCAUCAUCGAUUGGGCGUUCGCCACAACUGUCCCCCUUCCCUUGCUUUUGUUACCACCCGGAUUUCCUCGAUCGCGGCACAAGCUAGACGAGAGAUUCUGCCUUGGUUUCAUAGAUGGCUUCAAAGAUGCAGCACUCAAUGUGCAGCGUAAUCCAGUGGGCUUAUCUGUCCCCAAAGCUAUUCAGUGUGUCGAAAACAGCGAAUUUGCUUGGUGUCUCACAAGGCUCUUGGCAUUUGAUUCCACAGACGAUCUUUCACUUUUCCGUACCAUGUGGGAAUCAGUCGUCCUAUCAAACCAGAAGCUCGAGUCAUAUUUCUUUUCACAAAGAACUCUACCUCAUUUUCGAGACCUACACGAAAGAAUCAGACUCGAUGACUUCUCAGAAGUUCAUAUCCAAAAAUCAAAGACAGACCUUUUCACCAAACCGUUGACAUUCGAGCUGUCUUUGGCUCGUCAUUUGACAAUGGUUUCAGACUGGGGAUUCAACUACGACCCGUUGAAAUGUGCUGGCCUUCGAGAUACAGGGCAGAUAUUUAUAACUGACCGACGACUUUGGCGAUGGGUUUUGGAAUUCAAAAAGCAACACGGCGACAGGGUUGGCAUUGAAGAGUGCGAGUCUUAG